AUGGUGUCCCUUGGAACCGUGCAAAAGAACAAUUCCAGCUUGAUGGACUUCGGUCCAAAUCUCGUGGCUGUGUUUGUGGGCGGAACCAGCGGGAUAGGAGAAGCAACAGCUCGUGCAUUUGUACGAGACACUGAAUCAUCCCGGGUCUACCUUGUCGGGCGCAACGAGACCCAAGCUUCUAAAAUCAUUGAGGAGCUCCGCCAAAUCAACCCAGAUGGUCAGAUUAGCUUCGUGAAAUGCGAAGCUGCGCAUCUGCACAGUGUCGAUGAAGCAUGCAAGUUAAUUCAGGAAAAGGAAGAAAAGGUGAACUUGCUUUUUAUGACAGCCGGCAUGAUGACGACGAAGGGCCGAGAUGAGACCGAGGAAGGACUGGAUAAAAAGUUCAGUCUCCACUAUUACUCCCGAGCGCGUUUCGCUCUGAAUUUACUGCCGCAGUUGAGCAGGGCUGCGACUGCCAAUAACUCAGGUAAACAAGGCCUAGGCAACAACUUGUCGCGUGUUGUGUCCGUCCUAUCACCCGGUGAUGAAAUUUCUCUUCAUCUAGACGACCUGGAUCUGAAGACCCACUACUCACUCCGCAACUGCGCUGGACAUGCUACCACCAUGAACAGCCUGCUCAUGCAGGAGCUCGCUGCGGCCCACCCUGCAACUAGUUUCAUCCAUGCCUAUCCUGGUGGCGUGAAGACAGGCCUCAUGCGAGAUUUCCACCCGAUCACUCAGAUGGCGAUCAAUGCGUUGGCCGUCUUUGCCAAACCGUGGAUGGUGCCUUUGAAGGAGAGCGGCGAGCGACAUCUGUAUGCAUCGACUAGUCCACAAUACCCGCCCCAAGGCUCCGGCUCCGGCGACGUGGCAAUCGGGGCUGAUGGCAAGCCCGGGAGCGGGGCGUAUCUCUUGAGCUGGGAUGGCUCAAUCACAGGCAAUAAGAAAGUUCUUGAGGCGGCACGCCAGAAUGGAACGGGCAAGUUAGUGUGGAAGCACACUCUGGAGAUGUUCUCGUCGAUCUGUGGCAAGUGA